AUGUGGCAAGAGGAAACAAAAGCAAUAAGAGUGAUAAUGAAAAUUAACGUUGAAGGGAAAAGAGGAAGAGGAAGACCCAAAAAGAGAUUGUUUCAUCCUAAUAAUGUUCUAAAAGUACGUACAUUAGCUGAUUCAUUAGGCUGUUUUGGCUUGAUUACAGAUUGUAAUAGAUACAUAGCUAACUAUUUUCCGGAUAUUUCAUUAUCAGAAGACUUUUUAAAUCUCAGUAAUUCUGAAAUAAUAGAUAUUAUUAACAAAGAUGAACUUCAAGCAUCUGAAGAACAAGUAUUUGAAGCAACCAUACGAUGGGUGAAACAGGAUGAACUUAGACAAGAAAGUUUCCCACAAUUACUUGCUGCUGUAAGAUUACCAUUACUUUCACCUCAUUAUUUGGCAGAUCGUGUUGCCACUGAAGAAUUAAUUAGAUCUUCACAUGAAUGCAGAGAUUUAUUAGAUGAAGCUAAAGAUUACCAUUUAAUGCCUGAACGACGGCUUCUAUUACAAAGUUUUCGCACUAGACCUCGCUGUGUUAGUUAUAUUUGUGGACACAUCUAUGCAGUUGGUGGAUUAACCAAAUCAGGUGAUUCAUUGAGUACAGUUGAAGUUUUUAAUCCAUUAACUGGACGAUGGGAAGUAGCUGAAGCUAUGAGCAUAUUACGUAGUAGAGUUGGAGUAUCUGUAUUAAACAAUAAACUUUAUGCAUUUGGUGGCUACAAUGGAGUUGAAAGACUAUCCUCUGUAGAAGUAUUUGAUCCUGCUACCAAAUCCUGGAAUAUAGUGUCACCAAUGCAUCGGAAACGAAGUGCUCUUGGGGCAGCAGCUUUAAAUGAUCGAAUUUAUGUUUGUGGAGGAUUUGAUGGUGUUAGUUCAUUAAAUAUUGUUGAAUGUUAUCAACCGAAUUUAGAUCGCUGGACAAUUAUUACACCAAUGCAAAAACAUCGAAGUGCUGGUGGUGUAGUUGCAUUUGAUGGUUAUAUUUAUAUUCUUGGAGGUCAUGAUGGUCUAAGUAUUUUUGAUUCUGUUGAACGAUAUGAUACAUAUACAGGGCAAUGGUCAUCAGUAACACCUAUGUUGGUAAAACGUUGCCGCUUAGGAGUAGCUACGUUAAAUGGUAAACUUUAUGCAUGUGGUGGAUAUGAUGGAUCAACAUUUUUACAAACUGUUGAAGAAUAUGAUCCUCAAACAGACAAAUGGAAGUUUGUAGCAUCAAUGAAUGUUACUAGAAGCCGCGUGGCAUUGGUAGCGAACGCAGGCAAAUUGUGGGCCAUCGGUGGUUACGAUGGAUUUUUAAAUCUACCUACGGUGGAAGUGUACGAUCCAAAAGCCGAUUAUUGGAUGUUUUCGGCAUCCAUGUGCGCUCAUGAGGGUGGAGUCGGGGUGGGCGUCAUACCCAUCGAAGAUCCCGAAGCACCAUGAACUCAAGUUUUCAUGACGUAAAAUAUUUACAUAAUAUCAUUCAUCAUACAUAAAAGUAUAUGCCAGUUUAUAAAUUAUACUUAUAUAUUUAUAUGUAUAUGGUACGUAUAUAUAUAUAUAUGUAUGUAUAUGUAUUUAUGUAUAUGCAUUUAAAUGUCGAAUAUGUAAUAAUCUGUACUGUACUGCGUUCGGAAGAUGAAUAGACCAAGUGGUUCAACCAGGAGGAUUUGGAAUGUAAGAAAAAUAAUAUCAAAUCGGCACGUGAUAAUAUUGUUUGAUUUCGAGUGGACCACCCAUGCGCGUUGCAAGCGACACGUCCAGUAAUCGCGGCCGACGCUCCUCUGUUGAACGUGCGCCAGCAACUCGUUAUCGGCUCCUACCGGUUUUAAUUAGUCGUCUUUUGCCGCGCCAGGUCCUUUGUGUAAACGCGGAAAACACCAAUUACAAACCGGGACUGCACAACGUCAAUAUAAUUAACCUCCGUUUAAAGUGCUUAAUUAUAAUAAAAUGUUUAUAGUAGAUUGUGUGUCUGGACGCUGCAAUAUUUAUUUGUUAUUUCACGACAAUAGCCAAUAUGUAUGAAGGCGAUCAAACACGGUCGUGAAUCUUAGCAGGUACUCCAGGUCUUAAGACGCGAUCGUUGUCAAAAUUCAUAAAUAAUCAUUGCUCUGCGCACGGAUCGUUAUAUAACCCGAAACACCGAAUCUUUCGGUUUAUCACUACAAUAAUUAUACGCGUAUGAAGUGCAGACAUGUGCAGUCAAUUCGACGUCACGAUAGCUGUGCUACAAGUCGACUGCGUUUACGGCAAGCUGGAAAACGAAAAAUGUCUUUUCUGAUAUUUUCUACAUGAACACUACAUUUGUUUGACAAAUCGAUGUCCUCAACAAACUUAAUCAUUUUUUUUCAUCUUAGAGCUAUCGGAAUUCUAGUGCUUGUGUGUGCAUAACUAUGACAGAACGCUGACGGAAUACAGAAACAUCAAUAUAUGUAUAUUUUAUUUUCUGAUACGUUUUAGAGAUAAACUGUCGUCAUUUUUUAUGUCUCGCAGUAUUAGUCGAAUAUAAGUAUCGUAUUCGGAAGUUGGCGCGUACCGCAUUUUAUUCUGAUAUGUGUCAUAUAUGUAUUAUAUAUAAAAUUAUUGCAAUUCAUUAUUAAGUAAUUAAUAUUUUUAAUUUUCUUUGACUUCUAACAGAUUGCCUUUUUCCAUUAUGUAAUUACUAAUUUUUAUCAUCGACCAAUUAAUUAAUUAUGAACGUUAAUAAAUAUUACAUAUUGUGAUAUUGGUGCAAUAAUAUACACCUUAAAUUACUAUAAUAUCUGUCUUUAUAUUCCUUUCGAUGGAGUUGAAAUGUAUAGCCAGUAGCGCGACCAGGAUUUUUUCAAGGUGUUCACCAGUGGUAUAAUGUAUAAUAUAAUACCUAUAUACACCUGUACAAUUAUUUUUUAAAAGGUAAUAAUAUUAGAAUUUCGAAUCACUGCUAUUUAAUAUUUAUUGUAUUAUCUUAUUCAAACUUAUUGUAAUUAUUUCUGUGGUUAGCAUUUAUUCAAUAAACUGAAAAUCAUUAUUAAAA